AUGCAAUUGGGUACCAAACUGGGGGCCAACAAAUUCUCCUAUUGUUUGCCUUCUUUGAAUGAUCAGUCCACUGCAAGUAGCCCCAUGAUUUUUGGGGAAGAUGCAGGCUUUAGUGGCGCACAGCCCAUUCCUUUGCCUCCUAAUCCUGCAAGCCCGAGUUACUGGUACUUACCCAUUAAGGGAUUUACUGUCGCUGGUGCUCCUGUUCAUCUUCCCAAUGGGACUUUUGCUAUUAAUCCCAAUGGUAGUGGUGGGAUGAUCAUUGAUACUGGAGCGAACAUUUUGUUGCUUUUUAAGGUUGCUUAUGAUGCUAUUGUUAGUGCCAUUAAGAACGCUACUAAUGUUCCUCCCGUUGAUGCCAUGGCUGAAACGGGCUCCGACCUCUGCUACAAUGGAGAUGAUGGGGAUUUGAAGGUGGCUCCACUGGGUUUUGUCUUUGAGGGCGGGGCUGAGCUUGUGCUUCCAUUGGAGAAUUAUAUGGUGAAGGCUGGAGUUGGGCUCAAGUACCUUUGCUUCGCUGCGGCUGUGACUCCUGAGACUUUCUCUGUCAUGGGGAACAUUGCACAGCAGAAUAUACAUUUCCUUUUUGAUCAUGAUAGCUUUACUUUUGCUUUCCGCCAUGCCCACUGUGAUCAGCUCUAG